GUGGCGGGCAGCGAUUAUAGGCGCUAUAAAGAGCCGGAGUCAUCGCCAGACAGCGAGCAGUAGACGAUCCACACGUAAACGGCAACAUGCAACUCGGUCUCUGGUUUGGCAUUUUCGCCAUCGCCGCCACGCCGCUGGUGAGCGCUAACUAUGGUCCCGCUGGCGGACAUGGACAUGGACAGUACCUGCCCGGUCCCAAUGCCGGACUCGAAGAGUACGUGAAUGUGGCCACCGGUGGCAACCAGCCGGCUGCCAACCAGAUCGCCUCCCAGGCCGAGAUCCAGCCCACCCCAGAGGAGGCUCGCCGUUUGGGUCGCGUCCAGGCCCAACUCCAGGCCCUGAACGCCGAUCCCAACUACCAGAAGCUGAAGAACUCCGAGGAUAUUGCCGAGUCUCUGGCCGAGACCAAUCUGGCCAGCAACAUCCGUCAGGGCAAGAUCAAGGUGGUGUCGCCCCAGUUCGUCGACCAGCAUCUGUUCCGCUCCCUGUUGGUGCCGUCUGGCCACAACAACCACCAGGUGAUCGCCACCCAGCCCCUGCCCCCAAUCAUUGUCCACCAGCCCGGAGCACCCCCAGCCCAUGUGAACAGCGGACCACCGACGGUGGUGCGUGGCAAUCCGGUGAUCUACAAGAUCAAGCCUUCGGUCAUCUACCAGCAGGAGGUGAUCAACAAGGUGCCCACUCCUCUGAGCCUGAACCCCGUCUACGUGAAGGUGUACAAGCCGGGCAAGAAGAUCGAGGCCCCACUGGCCCCAGUGGUUGCCCCCGCCUACAACCAGCCCAGGGAGUACAACCAACCCAGGGAGUACAACCAGCCCAGGGAGUACGGCCAGCCCCAAGGUUAUGGUAGUGCUGGACCUGCCUCCUCCGCCGCCGGUGCCGCGUCAUCUGCCGAUGGCAAUGGCUAUGGCAACGAGGCUCCACUGUACAACAGCCCCGCCCCAUAUAGCCCGCCCAACUACUAGGUGGUCAUCCAUCCUGGACAGGGGCAUCUCCUCAGCUGCGACAGCUGAUUUAAUUUAAAUUUUGUUUUUUUUUCUUUGCCGACUGCUGAGCGCAAAUAAAUGAAAAAAAUACUUAAAACGUAAA